GUAUAAUACUUAUACUAUAACUUAUCAUAUUAUAUUACAAUAAAUAUAAGUAUUGUGGUGAGCUUACCUUGUGUAUUUCCUAUCCAAAUAAAACAUAAAACCUGAGAAAUCUCGUAUUUAUUUUUAGGUUCUUAAUCUUGUAGUUGCACUCAAACGUUAAGUUUAAGCAUUCUGAGCUAAAUUUAAUACUUAUUAUCAAUCAACCUCUACCAUUUUAUAUAUGUAUAAUAGAAAAAUAACAAAUAUUGUUAUGGGUUAAAAUUUAAAGCCCGUUUUUUAGCUAGCCUAAAUAAAAUGUAUUAAAUGGGUUGUUUUGUUUGCUUAUAACUCUCUAGAUAAUUACUUAUCAAUAUCUGUUUAUAUAUUCUCUUACAAGUCUUUGUAAGAGAACAGACUAGGUUUAGAAAUUAAUAGUUAACAGUAAUGGUGAUGUUGCAUAUAUGCCACAGCCUGUGUUUGUUAUUAGUAAAUUACAAUAUUGUUCAUAUUGGUUUUCAUUUAGAUUUAAAGGAAUGCCUACUUAGUUCAUGCAGUGCAGAUAGCUAUAUCUCAUGAUUUUUGAUUUCAUAUUUAUAACUGGACAAUAAACGAUUCCCUAGUCUGAGCUGGAUAGACAGACAUGAGAAACUUUAUAAGGUCAUGUGGCCCCACAAAGGAUCACACUCCUGGAGAAAAAAAUGACUUUCAUAUCUUCAGUGAAUGGGACAAACUUAAGGGAAAUUACCACCCAGAAAUCCCCGAGUACUGGACUCUAGCCAAGCAGAGAUUUAGGAAUGCCCAUUCCAAGCUGGAGAAGAUGGGAAGAGUUAAAAGAGAGAAAAUAAAAGAAUCAAAAGGAUUUCGAGUGUACAGAAUAAUGGGCUCCAUCAACCACUACCACAACAAACUUACUGUAAUUCACCUGAUCUACUCACUAAACGAGAAGAUGAUGUUAUAUUUGUUAAUCCACUACCCAUCUUCCAGCCCGUAGAGUUAUAUUUAGCAUGUGAAGAU